AUGUCGCCCUAUUACAACCCACUUUGGAAUUACGGUCUUGGCUAUGGCACAGGUAUCUUUGGAGGCGGCUGGCUGAACGGCGCCUACGGUGGCGGAUACCCAGGACUCCUAAUGGGAGGCGGAUUGGGACUCAACUUUUUGCGCUCUCCGCAAUAA